AUGAAAAUUCGAGAGGUCGGAAAAACGAAGGACAUCGCCAAGGUUUAUGAGAUUCCGGAAGGUCUUUCUCCAGGCUUGCAGAUUAUAGUGAGGGGUCGAGUUCCAUGGGAGACGAAAGAAUUCGCCAUCAAUAUUUCCGAUAAAAAGGAGGGUGGAGACAUUUUAUUACAUCUGAAACCUCGACCGACAGAGGGCAUUUGCGUACGAAACUCUUUCAUUGGUGGAAACUGGGGGGAAGAAGAAAAAUGGCAGCCGGAUUUUCCUUUUACAAAUGGAAAAUCUUUCACUCUGAAGAUCGAAGUAACAAAAGAUGCCUUUCGAACACUGGUCAAUGGAAAGAUGUUUGCUGAUUUUAAACACAGAACAGACUUGAGGAAGGGCAAGUUUCUUGUUCUGCGUGAAGGGGCUGAAUACUCUGCUGUUACAUAUCAACAAAGGACCUUAAUUCCGUUAACUUCAAAACUUCCCCGCGGAUUGAAGGUUGGAAAGACAAUCAGAAUCCGAGGCAUGUGCUCUGGACAAGACGGGUUUUCGAUCAGUUUCGUGGACGACAAAGGAAACAUAUACUUUCAAUUCCACCCCUGCCCUCAGGAGAAGUGUGUGAUUAAAAAUGCUUGUUUUAAUGGUAACUGGGGAAAAGAAGAAAGAAAGUUUGUACCAAAGUUCCCCUUCCUUCCAAUGCAGUACUUUGAGGCUUCGUUUGUCCUCAUGGAAGAUAAAUUUACAGUGUUCGUGAACGAUGAGCACUUUGAAGAUUUCACAUACCGAGGGGACCCUGAGAACAUUUCUACUCUGAAUAUCAAGGGCAGAGUAAAUAUUCAAGAAACAGAGUAUUUGGGAUCUAUGCUUUCUCUGAUGGAAGUAGAAUCUGGUCUUGAACCUGGAGACAUCUUCGUUCUAAAUGGAAUUGUUGAUAAGAAAGGAGACCCUUUCGCUGUGAACUUUCUGAACGGACAAUCAAUGGAUGGAGACAUCGCUUUACACCUUAAUCCUCGGGCGCAAAGUCGUGACAUCUUCUUGAACAGCAAAAAAGCAGGCAAAUGGCAAACUGAGGAAAAGGUUGAUAUACCGGAUGCUCUAAGUAGCGGAAAACCGUUUCGAAUCAGAGUAGAAACUAAAAAAAAGAAAUUCAAGAUCUUUGUGAAUGGCAAACCGUUAACCAAAUAUAAAGUACGGGGAUCCAUUGAAGACAUCAAAGCUGUUAACGUGUCUGGCAAAGUAUUCAUAUUGGAGACACUUCUGAUGAAGAGAUUGGCUAAGCCUGCUACGGAACCGUUACCGGGAGGAAUACAGUCGGGGAGCUGGGUAACCCUACAGGCAAUUCCAAAAAAGAACUGGAGACAAUUUGUUAUCAACGUUGAAUGCGGUGAGAGGGAGAAAAAAGAUAUUGCUUUCCAUUUCAAAGUUCGCAAAGGCGACCGUAAAGUGUUUCGAAAUUCCUGUCAAAAUGAUAAAUGGGGCAAGGAGGAAAGCGAAACCCCAUGUUUUCCUUUCGACUUUGGGCACAUUUCUGAGAUUGUCUUCUACGUCGAUAAAGAAAAAAUAAUGACCUUUGUCAAUGGUCAAUCGUUUAUUGAAUUCAAACAUCGCCUGCCUUUGGAGAGAAUUACACAUCUGUUCAUGGAUGGAGACUGCAAUUUCUACGAACCGGAAGUAUUGGUUUAAGAACACUUAUGACGUCAGUUAUGACGCCAGAGAGCAUCUGCUUCUUGUCUUUGAAAUAAAAGUCAAUGUAAAAACCGUUAGAGUGUAAUCUGCGAUGUAUAUACGAAUGUAUUUUUGUGGUCUACGUUAUAUACGGCCAUGUACAUCAUUUAAUUAGUCUCCUUUGUCGCUGUCAGUUGUCUACUACAUGGAAAGGAAAAUAUUUCACACAUAUUUAUCCCUUCUACUGCACAAUUACAGAUGUCGAUGUCCUUUUGCAUGAUCCAAUGUACAUGUACCUUGAACACUAUUAGCAACUUUAUUAUCUCAUA